AUGGACAAUGUUAAUUUUAACUCUAUUGGAGGAUUAGAGGAAAAUAUACAGUACUUGAAGGAUGCCAUCUUGCUCCCCUGGAGGAACCAAAAUAUAUUUAAAAGAUUUCAUGUUAAACCUCCACGAGGAGUUUUGUUCCAUGGUCCGCCAGGAACAGGAAAGACUCUGACUGCAGCAGCUUUAGCCAAUGAAUGCAAAAGAAAUAGGAAGAAGGUGUCCUUUUUUCAUCAGAAUGGAGCAGAGUGCCUCACCAUGUGGCUUGGUGAAUCUGAGAGAAAAAUAAGGGAGCUGUUCAAAAAUGCAUAUCUUAACAGACCAGCUAUAAUAUUUUUUGAUGAAUUAGAUGCUGUGGCACCCAUACGAUCUAAGCGACAGGACCAUGUCCAUGCUAGUGUGGUUUCAACUUUGCUGACAUUAAUGGAUGGUCUGAAGUCCCCCCAAGAUGUUGUUGUGAUUGGAGCAACAAACAGACUUGAUGAGAUUGAUCCAGCUCUCAGGCGACCUGGGAGAUUUGAUAAAGAACUUUUCUUCCCCCCUCCUGACUUAGAGGCUAGAAGAACAAUUUUAAACAUCCACACAAGACACUGGCACACUGAUACUAGCACCGAGUUUAUGGAUCACCUAGCCGAGAAUACAGCUGGAUACUGUGGUGCUGAUCUAGAGGCACUUUGCACAGAAGCUCUUAUGUGUGCAAUGAAACGCAGCAUCUCUUCAGAGCAAAGUACAGCAAAAAGUUUAAUGGUUCAUGAAGAUGAUUUCAUUGCAGCCAAAUCAAAAUUUGUGCCCGCUUAUCUUCGGUCAUCCAUUUCACCAGCUUGUUCAUUGUCAGAAGUAAUUUGCCCAUUACUACAGAAAAGAGUUGAAAGUCUCAUGCAGCAACUGGAGAAGAACUAUUCAUUCAAAUUCGUAUUUCCAAAGCAGAGUUUCUUCCCAUUUAUUACUAUUGUCAGAAAUUUAUUAUUAUUCCUUUGUCCUUAUGUGCUACAAAAUUUUGAUUCUAAUUCUUUCUCAGCGUCUUGUGUGUGUGUAUCGGCCAGGAUAGAGAAUAACUUUCAGUUCAUUUUUUACUUUUGUAAUGCUUUAAAUUUUAAAGAAAAUUUAUUUUAA